AUGCACCACCAGAACUAUACAGGAUGUCAGACAGCGGAUGGCUCCUACAAGGAGGGAGACGAGUGGAGAGACCCGGCAGAGCCCUGUCUUGUCAGUCACUGCUUCAGCGGAGUCAUCACGCGCUCCAAGGUCAAGUGUCACACCCCCUGCAGCCACCCGCUACCGCCGGCGCCCGGGCAGUGCUGCCCGCGCUGCCCGGACUGCCAGCUGUCCGGGGCAGUGGCCGGGGCGGGUCGGAACGUGACGUUGCCGGACGACCCGUGCGUGGCCUGCCGCUGCGGCAAGGACGGCACGCAGAGCUGCACGCGCCGCGUCUGCCCCGCGCUCUCCUGUCCGGCCUCGAAAACAGUGCGCCACCCGGGGCAGUGCUGCUACCGCUGCAAAGGCACUCGCCGCGUGGAGCCGGGCUCGUCGGGCUGCCAGAUGGGCAAGAAGCGGUACAGCACCGGCCAGCAGUUCACGCUGGACCCGUGCACACGCUGCACGUGCGAGAACUCGACCAGCGUGUGCCGUCGCACCAGCUGCCCGCAGCUGGCGUGCCCGCGGCGCCUGCAGCUGCACCAGCCGGACAGCUGCUGUCCCGUGUGUCGACCGCCGGAGCCGGUGCGCCGCGUCUGCCGCAACCGCCACCGACGCUACCAGGACGGCGAGCGCUGGAAGAUCAGCGAGUGCAGCGAGUGCGGCUGCACGGACGGCCAGAUCCACUGCCAGGCCGAGACGUGUCCGGCCGGCGAGCCGCAGUGCGGCCCCGGCUGGCACCCGGCCAAGCUGCCCGGACGCUGCUGCAAACAGUGCGUCGAGGACGACGCCGUCUGCACG